AUGAUUGAUAUCAACCCCAGUGUACUGGAGUACAAGCCUCCAUUCACAGCACAGGCUACCGAGUACGUUACCGUAACCAAUAAUUCGGACCAAGCCGUGGCUUUUAAGGUGAAGACUACAGCCCCAAAGUUUUACUGCGUCAGACCCAAUGCGGCUUUGGUGGGCCCAGGGGAACAAGUUCAAGUGCAGGUCAUUCUACUAGGUCUUGCUAAGGAGCCAGCUGCGGAUUUCAAGUGCCGUGACAAGUUUCUUGUGAUCACUUUGCCAGCCCCAUACGACUUGGGGUCAUCAAGCGUCACAGAGGCCUGGCCUCAGUUGGAAGCAGAGUUCAAAGAAAAUGCAGUAUCCAAAAAGAUCAAAGUAAACUACAUAUUGGAUGCUGAACCAUCGGCUGAACAUUCCGCUGACGCAGCUGGCGCACCAGCUGCACCAGCAACUGGUACCAAGUCAACUGACGAAACUGCGAAGAAGCCUGAAGUGAACGAAAAGGACAUCCAGGACAUUACCAAACCAGAAAGCCAACCUAAGGCAUCCGAAUCCUUGUCCGAAGCUACCAAGAAGGACUUGACUAGUGGAUCGAAGGAAAAGGAACAGGGUUCUGAAGCUCACGAGGGCUUCAGCAACUCGGACUCUGGGAUUACCGGUCCUGCUUCUCCCGCGAAACAGGAAUCUACUAUAAACCCCGUCAUGAUUCUAUUAGUUGCACUUAUCGCAUUGGUGUUAGGCUGGUUGUACUACUGA